UCGCGGUACUGCUGCACGAAGAUGGCGGCCGAACUGGUGGAAGCGAUGAACAUGGUCAAAAGUUUCCGGGUCUCGGACCUGCAGACGCUGCUGGCCUCGAUGGGCCGCAGCAAGAGCGGGCUGAAGCAGGACCUGGUGGGUCGGGCGCUCAGGCUGGUGCAGACCGAGUACAGUCCGGAGCUGCUGAAGAACGUCAGGCAGCUGUACGAGUCGCGCUUCCCCAAGACCUCCGGCUGGCUGGCAGCGCGGCGUCCAGAGGGCCUCCCGGUCGCCUACUCCUCCUCGCUCAGCUCCUCUCCUACAGCCACCUCUCAGGGCGCAGACUACCUCAAUGGCAUCUCCAAACCUAUCGCAGCACCUGUGGCCGAGGUCAAGCCGGUGCCCCUGCCCUUCUACCAAAACUUGGAAACACUGCUGCCACCCACAGAACUGAUUGCCCAGAACAACGAGAAGUUGCAGGAUAGUCAGUGCAUAUUUGAGUUAACACAGAGCCAAGCAGACCAGAUCAGGAAUGCCAGUGAGCUCCGUGCAGGAAUAAAAUCAAUCCAAGUCGUGCUUAGAAUCUGCUACACAGACUCUAUUGGUGUCCAGGAGGAUCAAUAUCCCCCUAAUAUCGCAGUCAAAGUCAACCAGUCCUACUGUCACGUACCAGGCUAUUACCCGUCAAACAAGCCUGGGGUGGAGCCACGACGGCCCUGCCGACCUGUUAACAUCACCCCCUGGCUACACCUCUCCACAGUCAGCAACAGAGUCACCGUCACUUGGGGCAACUUUGGCAAGCGUUACUCGGUGGCGGUGUACCUGGUCAGGGUGUUCACCUCAGCAGACCUCUUCAGCCAGCUGAAGCUCUGUUCUGUGGAGAGCGCCGAGCGAUGUCGGGAGCGCAUCCAAGACAAACUACGGUACGACCCAGAGAGCGAGAUUGCGACCACGGGACUACGGGUUUCUCUCAUCUGUCCACUGGUGAAGAUGAGGCUAGGCGUUCCGUGCCGGGUGCUGACCUGCGCCCACCUCCAGUGCUUCGACGCCGUCUUCUUCCUGCAGAUGAACGAGAAGAAGCCAACAUGGACCUGCCCCGUCUGUGACAAGCCCGCCCCCUUCGAGCUGCUCACCAUCGACGGGUUGCUGUCCGAGAUCCUGAAGGAGACACAUGAAGACAUUGAGGAAAUAGAGUACCUCACCGACGGCUCCUGGCGACCAAUCAGAGACGAGAAGGAGAGGGACCGAGAGCGAGAACGCAGCGACACACCGGACUACCCCGUGGUGGAUAUCUGCGCGCCGGAGGCCAACGGCCACUCCCCGGCCCACAGCAGCACCAGCCUGACGGGGAAGUCCACCAACGGGUCGGUGGGGACUGCGGCGGCGGCGGCGCCCGGGGGCGGGGCCGUGGUGGACCUGACUCUGGACUCCUCCUCUGAAGAGGAGGAAGGGGGCGUGGCUGCGGGGGACAGCGAGGACACUGAGGACAGCGCCGACAGCCCCGCCCCCAAACGCGGCCGAUACAACUACGACAAGGACCUGGUCACGGCCUACUGACGGGCGGAGCGCGCCGGCCUUCCUCCCCCUCCAUAGACUGAUGUGCAGAGUA